UUCUUUGUGGUUAUGUGAGUGGCAGCAAAAAUGUUCAGUUCGUAAACGACCAAAAGCACCUUUCUGCUCUGACAAGUUCGGAUGCAGGAUGACAUAGUCUCCGCCUCGGGUAAUCUUCACAAGUUUUCCUAGUCCUAUAUAGAGGGACGGAGGAGAGGGGGAGAGUCCUGGUGCAGAAGUGGCCGCCGUGAGAAGCGGCGGCGGGGGAAGGUGCGCAGCGCAGUCCGUGACGCGGGCAUGGAGAUGUUGCGCCGCUCCUCUGUGUUCGCGGCCGAGGUGUUUGACCGCUCGCCCACCGACAAGGAGCUGGUGUCCCAGGCCAAAGCGCUCUGCAGGGACUACAUUCACUCCAGGCUCAACCGUGCCGGGAUCGGCUGGUCGAAGCCCGAACACGGGCGGGCUGCACCCGGCGGCGCGCUGGCAGAGGUAUCGCCGGUCCUGCUGUGGCUGGGUGAUGAGUUGGAGUACCUUCGACCUAACGUGUACCGUAACGUUGCACGACAGCUCAACAUCACGGUGGCCUCGGAGAGUAUUGUGUCCGAUGCCUUCCUGGCUGUGGCUGCAGACAUUUUCUCCACAGGUGUGACAUGGGGGAAGGUGGUGUCUUUGUACGCCGUGGCAGGAGCCCUGGCUGUGGACUGUGUUCGCCACGGUCACCCCGCUAUGGUUCAUACCAUUGUCGACUGCAUGGGGGAGUUUGUUCGCAAGAGCUUGACCUCCUGGUUAAAAAGAAGAGGGGGCUGGGUGGACGUAACGAAAUGCGUGGUGAACACCGAUCCCAGCUUCCGCUCUCACUGGCUGGUGUCCGCCGUCUGUGCCUUUGGACACUAUCUGAAGGCCACCGUGUUGUACCUCCUCAGAGACACGUGAAAGACAAAGUCACACACUGGGGUUUAUUAGCGGACUGACCGGCAGCGUCCACCGCCUCCACCACCAACACUAAAGCCUCCACCUCUUUGGAUUAUGUUUACACUUGUUUGCACUGAGCCUUCAUGGACGAAUGCCUAUCCAAUCACAGAAAACUGACUUUCCGUGCUUCCUCUGCUUCCUAUUGUUCACUGUGAGGCAGUGCAUGCCAUUCUGUUACUGUAAUUGCAGUAACAAAGUUACAGAACAUUUUCCCUGAGCUAGAGCACUUUGAUAACAUUUCAUUUUGAGAGCAUAAUUAUUCCAUGAAUAAUUUCACUUUUAUACGGCACGUAGCACUAGGAGUCCCAGGAAAUAAACACGUUUGUGAGUCAUCUGCAACUGUAAAUAUGAACAAUAAAUAAAAAUGCUUCUUAUGACAAUUUCA